AUGUCCUGCAUCGCUCUCCGCGCACUCCCUCGUACUCGCCAUCUCAUCUCCCCGAGCAUGCGCAUAGCACGAGCAUGCGCCUCCUCUUCCGCUGCUCUCCCUACUCCACCUACCUCCAACCCAUCCCCCAUAUCAAUGUCCCCAGUCCAGUCCGACGCCAUCCCCAAAAUAACCCCCACCCCUCUCUCCCGCGACGUCCUCGUCAAACUACACAAACUUUCAGCUCUGCAUCCCCCCCCAGAAGGUUCGGCAGAGGAGGCAGAGAUGAUGGAGGAACUGGGAGAGCUGGUGGGUCUGAUGGACUUGGUCAAGCAGGUGCAUUUGCCGCAGGAAGAGAUCGAAGGGCUGUUGGGCGAAGGCAUAGGGGCUAUCAAAAUUGGACAGUCGGAAGCUAGUGGGAAAGAAGAGGAGACGUUAGAGAAGGAGGAGUCUGGAAAGAAGCUGCUUGCAUACAGUCCGACGAGAGUGGGCGAUUUCUACUCUUCGGCUCUCAAGAAGACAUGA